AUGUGGAGAGGUUGGGUCAUUGGAGAAAAGUUGGAUCAAGGUUUACGAGAACUGGAACAAGACAAGCAAAAGGCUUUUGAAGCGAUAAUAGAAUAUAAGAACGCAUUUAGCGAAGCAGUAGCAUUCUUCGAUGAAUCCACGAUUAAAGUGCAUGAAGAAAUCGUCAAAGUCCUUUCUAGAAAGAAUUGCACUCGUAUAAGUGACAUCCUUGGCUACACGAUUUAUUUCCCCAUCAUUCUUAUGAUUCUCACUACUGCUGGUCUCGCAGUUAUAAUUGGCAGCUGGAAAUACUAUCUCGCAGAUGUAUUCGGCAGAGGGAAUCUCUAUAAGACCAACGAGCGUUUCGAAUCUUUGAAGUCUCAUCACGACACCUUGGUCCGUAUGGCUGCAUCUGCAUUAGCCGGGGCCGGUUAUGUUGCGAUGGUCAUCGGAGCAAUAUUAUGCGUUAUAGUGGCGUUCUGCUUCGUUAUGGCCUUUGCAGCAAUGGUUGUUUGCAUGGGAUUUUUCGUGGACGAUGACCUUCGCCUUUUCAAUGUAAUGUAUUUGUUCUCUGCUGAGCAAACUUUUAAUCCCUCGAAAAUGGAAACCGAUUUUCUCCGACAUUGA